GUGAUCGGUUGCUUUUGUAAUUUUCCUUAUCACUAAAUGCAAAAAGUACCACUUCAGAAGUUUCGCAGUCAAUCGACAAAAAGAUUGAGGAAAGUUAAGGCUUUUUUUCGGCAGAGUAAAAUCAAUCUAUUUCUCGAUCAGGUGUUUAACAAACGGAAAUCCAUUAAUUAAACAAUCGCGAAAUAGAUACAAAUUAGACUAAAGAUGAUCCGAUAAGACCCAUUGUGUACAAGAUCCUCUUCAGUGCAAUUCACUUUGAAAACAAGAAAAUAAUCUAAUCGUGCUCUGAGUGUUGUUAGAAAUUAAGAUAAAAAAGAUAUCUCCCUUACUAUUCAUCAAGUCAUCAAAAUUUGCGUGGAGGAAAAAAAUAAAAGAUAUUGCGGCAAAGGUAAAAGAAUCAAUCGAAAAGCAGAUAUGGGCGUGUUCAGAGGUCGCUUUGUGAUUGUUCAACUGUUGGUCUGGAUCUCCGUAUCCCAAAGUGCAGCAGUUACGGAGCGAAUUGUUAUAAGUCCCAGAAUAAUUGGCGGUUCGGAUGCAACUAUUGAAGAUUUUCCUUAUCAAUUAUCACUACGUGUGAGCGGACGACAUUGGUGUGGCGCAUCGGUAAUUGGUGAUAAGUGGGCUCUGACUGCGGCCCAUUGCCUUUCUAAGGCUUCUGGUCCAUCGGACGUUACAUUGCGAGCCGGAAGUGCCUUAUACUCAUCUGGCGGGACGUUAGUCGAUGUUCAAAAUCUCUACAUACAUCCAGAUUUCAAUUCGAAGAAUGGCGAUUUCGAUGUUGCUUUAAUUUCAACAAAAUCUAGCCUUUCCGGGAAAAAUAUACAAUCAAUAACUUUGCCUAAAGAGGGAGCAGCCAUUCCUGUUGGCUCGAAAGCAACAAUUUCAGGAUGGGGUCUAACAGAUACAUCGUCUUCAGUUAAUCCUACAAUCCUGCAAUAUGUUGAUGUGACGGUAAUCAGCCAAACUGAGUGCGAUAAAAGUUAUGCGGCAUUUGGGGGAGUUGAUGAUGUUUUCUUUUGUGCUAAGGAGAAUGGCAGGGAUUCAUGCCAAGGCGAUAGUGGCGGACCGAUUGCUCUAAAUCGUGUACAAAUCGGUGUUGUUUCCGGCGGAGCUGGCUGUGCACAUCCUGAUUAUCCAGGCCUUUACACUCGGCUUUCUGAUGUUACUGUUCGUAAGUGGAUUAAAACAACCGCGGGUAUAUGAAUAAAAAA